CCUUGACUUUUGGUAGAGAAGAGCUACAAUGUGGAGGUACGCGCUUUUUUGGCUUGCAGCUGGCUCCAAUGCCAAAUUGCACAUCGAGAGAAGUUACGAAUUCAUCAAUCCCUGCAGCAUCAAUCAGCGCCACAUCACAGGAAACCAGCUCCAUAGAGGAGACACCAUCUCCCAUACUUAUCACUCCAACUGGUCACAAAGAAGAAUCCUCAUUGGAAUCCUCUCCAGUCACUUUACGACUAGCCGGGCAUACGACCUUGGUCCACUCCCCUUUCACUCCGAUAGUCAAUGCUUCCUCGACUACCGCCGUAAAUAUUUCAACGCCGCAUAUAGAACCAUGCACAGGCUGCGUAAUCCAAGCGUAUCCCAUCACUCGGUUCUAUGACAAGAACGAUGGAAAACCACAGCAACCAUGGACUAGCAUCAUCAUCACGGAGACCGUGAUUGUGGAGUAUAUUACUUGGAUGGUAGGAACAUCGGUUGAUACUGUUGUUUCUGAGACAAGAACACUCAAUCAGACGACGACUGUUACGGGCUCGAGGAACCAAACGAUUACUUACAGCACGCCGAUGUUCACAAUUACCCCAACGAGGGGGGUGUAUCUCACUGU